AUGGCUGAUCGCAAGCGCAAGCGUGACGACGAACCUGUUUCCAAGCGAAAGAAAGAAGAGCGUGAAGGCCUUGCUGAUACUAUACUAGAAAAUUCUAUCCUCGUUAUGAAAUCGUGCACUUACUGCGAAAAGCAAGGCUGCGAUUGUAUUGCCUCAGAGGAAGAUUCCCGUCGGUGUCUUUCUUGCAUGCGUAAGGUGGCAACUCAUUAUUCAAAAUUGAAUAAGGAGCUUGAAGAAGCGGAAGAGGCGUGGCUCGAGGCUGGUGCCCGAGUGAAACGUCUUCGUACUCAGAAACGUGAGUGGUUAAAGCGGAUGGAGCGGGCUAUUGCUCGUGGUAUUGAUAAUUUGGAGGAAUUGGAGCGUAUUGAGCGAGAGGAGCGAGAGGAGCGAGAGGCUCAGAGGGCGGAGGCCGCUCGUCAGGCUGCAACAUCAUUACCUAAUCCAACUGAUCCCGUGACUGCGGGUUCCGCGGUUGACGCUGUUGAUUGGGACGCUUUUGACCCUUCUUUGCUAGACCUAGACUUCGGUGGAAGUCAUUCACAAGGUCUUUCGAGUGUUCAAGGUCCUCAAUAG